AGCUCUUGUGUGGUCGCAUCAAACCUCUCUCUCUCUGUUCUGAACCAAGUCAACAUGCGAAUCCUUGAAAGCUCAUGAGAGCAAGUCUCUGAACAGAUUUUUGGAGAUGUUUGGGAGAGUUUGAGAGUUUCUGUUCUGUCCUGUGACUAGAAAUUGUAGCCGGUCACGGGGGAAGUAAUUUUAGUUUGUGUUGCAUGCUUAUCUGAGGAAUUGCAGACAGAGAUCAAAUAUGUCUUAUCUUCUCACUGUGGGACUCAUGGUACUGUGGAGUUCACAGCUUCAAGCCUCCUCGAAUCGUUGCGAUACACCUCACACGGUCCUGCACACGACUCCCUGCACGUCCUGUGCAGCUUCAAUUUUUGUUGUCUGUCCGCGAGGUUUCAGGAAAACAUCAAAAAACGCUGGGAACACUGGCUGCAGUUAUGUGGUGGAAAUAGGGGAUCGUCAGGUAGAGCUGCCUGGGUGCUUUCACACCUGUGAGAAGGUGACAACGGUCCAAAGGUGUUGUCCGGAUUUCUGGGGUCCCCUGUGCUUGCCUUGUCCUAGUUGGUCAGGAAAGACGUGCAAUGGUUAUGGUACAUGUGUAUCUGGUGACUCAGGGAACGGCACAUGUGUUUGUGAGGAGGGAUAUACUGGGUUUGCUUGCCAGAACUGUGUAAACAAGAACGCCUAUGGAGAUCACUGCCGUUCAGAGUGCAAUUGUGUGAAUGGAAAGUGUAACUCGGGACCAGAUGGGGAUGGAGAAUGUUACUGCCAACCACCAUAUUCAGGACCCAAGUGCGAUAAAGUUUCUUCAUCUUGUUCAAACUGUCUGGCAUACUCCUACUGUAAGGGUGAUGACACAAACUCUGUGUGUGAAUGUUUGCCUGGAUACAACAAGAUUGGACUCGCAUGUAUAGGUAUGUGUACAUCAGGCAUCUGUGACGUGAAUGCAAAAUGUUCAUUCAGUGGUGGUCAGUUUCACUGUAAGUGUGAAGAUGGAUUUGUGGGUGAUGGCAAACACUGCGUUCCCAUCAACCCUUGUGACACUAAUAACGGAGGCUGUCCUAAAGACUCCACUGUCUGUGAAUACACCAGCCCAGGCAAGUCGAAAUGUGUGUGCGCUCCUGGAACAGAGUCAUCUGAUCCUUCCAACGGUUGCACGGCUAAGUCAGCCUGCACGGCGAGUUCGUGCCACAGCAGUGCACGCUGUGAGACGAGCUCAGACGGCAUGCACAGAUGCCUUUGCAACGCACAGCAGAUUGGCGAUGGCAGACGUUGCUAUGGUAACCUCAUGGAGAGAGUUCUGGAGCUGGAUAGAGAUGGCAGUCAAGCGGCAAACCUCACUGGAAGCAUUAGACUGUUUGAACAAGGGUGUGAGUUUACUCUGAGUCAGCAUGGCCCAUUCACAGCGUUCAUUCCUGUGGGACAGAAUCCUUUCCAAACAGUGUUAGGCAAAUCCUCAGCCAUUGCGAAUGCAGUGUGCAAAAAUCACCUUAUACUUGGACAGAGACUUUACAAAGAUCUGGAGGGGAACGAUCUGUGGACGUACGGAGGGGAAAAGAUCCGAUUCAAAACAAAAAAGCAAUUCAUAUUGAUAAGGGAUCCAGACGUGUUGUUUACAAUACUUAAGAGCGAUAUCCCUGCAUCCAAUGGAAUAAUCCACAUUAUUGACAAGCCUUUUACUCUUGCACAUGUUGAGUCUUCGAACAACAACAUGGAGUUCUCCUCCAAAACCAUUGGGGAGGUUUUCAGAGAGGACGACAGAUUCAAUCGAUUCCUGUCUCUAGUUGACAAUUGUGGAGCUCUGUUGCCUGUGAGCGGUCCAGGUCCGCUGACAGUGUUUGUUCCAACCAACAAAGCCAUAGACAAAUUCAGAGAUGGAAGUCUUAUGUACAUGCUCAAUGAUGCCAAACCAAAGCUUCAGAUGCUUUUGAAACACCACAUGUUCUCGCUGGCUGCUGUCACUGUGGACCAGCUCGCCAGUAUGUCUGAGAUUACGACCAUGGCCAAUGAGAUCUUAACAAUCAAUGUCUCCGGGGAUGGACGAGUCUUUCUGGGGGAUAAAGGAAUACCACUCGAAACGAAAGACAUUGUUGCAUCCAAUGGAAUCAUUCACCUGAUUGACGGAGUUCUUCUACCAUCCUCUAUAGUUCCCAUAAUGCCCCAUCGGUGUGAUGUGAAUGAGAGUAGGAUCAUUGUGGGUCCCUGUGUUAGAUGCAGCCAUCUCCAUGAGACACAAUGUCCACCUGGAAGUGUUGAGCUGGACAGUCAUCUGAGGGACUGUGAGCCAAAUCCUGAUCCGCGUCAAACGUACCAACUCAUUGAGACUGGCUGUGCCAAAUACUGCAACUCUACUCAAAUGCGAGCGGAGUGUUGCAGUGGUUUCUAUGGGCCAGACUGUAAACCCUGCCUUGGAGGAUUCCAGCACCCAUGUUAUGACAAAGGGACUUGUUUUGAUGGAAUCGCUGGAAACGGCUCGUGUAAGUGUGAACCGGCGUUUAUAGGCAUCGGCUGCCACCUCUGCGCAGACCCCAACAAACAUGGAGAGAACUGUGAUGAAGAUUGCCGCUGUGUUCAUGGCGUCUGUGAUAACAGGCCUGGCAGUAUGGGGGUGUGCAGGAGAGAAUCAUGUCUGGUGGGAUUUUCAGGGGAACUCUGUGACCAGACCUCAACCCCCUGCAAUUCAGACGGUGCCUUUGAGCACUGCCACAUCCACGCUAAAUGUGUCUACAGCAGCGGUCAAACCAUGUGUGUUUGUCUGCUUGGAUACGAAGGGGAUGGUUACACCUGCACCAAAAGCAAUCUGUGCCUCAAAGCUGACAGAGGAGGCUGCGACAUCAAUGCCGAGUGUUUAUAUGAAGCAGGCAAGGUAACCUGUGUGUGUAGGGAAGGAUGGACUGGAGAUGGAACAUUGUGCGUGCAGAUCAAUAACUGCGUGCUGGACAAUCGUGGUGGAUGUCAUGAAAAUGCAGACUGCACACCUACCGGGCCGGGCCAGAAUGAAUGUAGCUGCAAGAAAGGCUUCAUGGGAGACGGCGUUGUCUGUAAAAUUGUCAACCCCUGUCUGACAAAUAAAGGAGGCUGCCAUUCUCUGGCAACGUGUAAUCUGAAAAAGGACGGAACGCAUGACUGUACGUGCCCAAGUGAAUACGAAGGCGACGGAAUGAAGUGCUACGGAAACGUACUUGUGGAGCUAGAUGGAAACUCGGAAUUUUACAAUUUUAAUCGCUUUCUUCAAAGGCACAUGGUCAUUGACAGUAACAGUAAAGUGACGGCUUUAGUUCCAUCUAAAAGUGCUUUCAGAAACCUCAGCGAUUCAGAAGAGUCGUUUUGGUUCGAUUAUUACAGGCUGCCUCACCUUCUGCAAGUUCAUUUUCUAGAUGGGAUCUACACCUCUGAAGACUUGAAGAAGCAAGUCGGUAAAACAGUUCAAACCAUUGGCAAGACUAAAUGGGAGAUCCAAAGCAAAGGCAGGGAGCUCAUGAUCAGCAAUGCAACGAUUAUUGUUCCAGACCUAAAGGCAAUCAAUGGAUGCAUUCACAUCAUUGACAUGGUUCUUCGACCGCCACUAUCUGAUUUCCCGCCACCUCCCCCCGGUCUGAUGGAAGUCCUGAACAACACGCCAACAUUCAGCCUCUUCAGGGAGGCGGCACUGCUCUACAACUUGGCAGACAGUAUCCCAACUAGAGAUUACACCAUUUUUGUCCCGUAUGACAGUGCCAUAAAGGAGUAUCUGAAUAAAACAAACUCUACACAACUGCCCAAAGACAUUGUGAGAUAUCACAUUAUUUUAAGCGAGCAGCUCUUUCCCGAGCACUUGGGCGAUGGACUCUUCAGAAACACCUUUUUAGGAAAGGGCACUCAAAUCAUGUUUUAUGUGGACAGUGAAAAUCAGACUAUGGCCAAUGGCGUUCCCAUUAACGGAAGUUUUAUUGAGACAAGGCGUGGCAUCAUCUUUGGCAUCCCACGUGUCUUAGAUAUCCACAAGAACCACUGCAGUAAAAAUGUGAUUUUAAAGUCCUCUGGUCGAUGUGGGGAUUGUAGUGCUGCACCUAAAUGCCUCCCUAACGCUAAACCCAUGCAGUCAAAGUUCCCUCCAAAUAUGAAGUCAAAUUGUAUAUACAGGACAAGAGUUGGAAAAAAGAAAAAGAAUGUGCCGGGCUGUUAUGUGGACUGUUUGAAAACAACAGAGGACCACUCCUGCUGUCCAGGAUACUUUGGGCUUGAUUGCUUCAAAUGUCCUGGGACUGUGGAUAACUGGUGCUCCAACAACGGCCAAUGCCAGGAUGGUCUGCAUGGCAGUGGGGAAUGUUUAUGUAAUGAGGGUUUCCAUGGAACUGCCUGUGAGAUGUGUGAACCAGGCAGAUACGGGAAAGACUGCAAGUCAGAAUGUCACUGUGAUCAUGGCAUGUGCUUGGAUGGUAUGGAGGGAAAUGGGCAGUGCAUUUGUUUCAAAGGUUGGAAGGGAGUGAAUUGUUCUGUUGCGGUAGUUAACGAUGCCUGUGGUGGAAUCUGUGAUGUGAAAGCCAAUUGUAUUUCGGGGACUCCUCCAACAUGUUCCUGUACGGCAGGUUAUGAAGGCAAUGGAACGUUCUGCAAAGAAAUUGACCCAUGUGCCACAAACAAUGGAGGAUGUUCAACAUACGCAAACUGUACAAAAACUUUGCCUGGUGAAAGAAACUGCAAAUGUAUAAACGGCUACACGGGUGAUGGUGUUGUGUGUCUUGAAAUCGAUCCCUGUUUAGUGGGCAAUGGUGGUUGUGACAGUAAUGCUUUGUGCAUGAAAACUGGGCCAAACAGGGUUGCGUGCACUUGCAAGCUUGGUUUUAUUUCCCGUGGGCACAGCUGUCUGGCAGUUAAUCCAUGUCGAAAGAAAAAUGGAGGCUGCAGUCUUAAUGCUGUUUGCAAAUACCUCGGCGAUGGGGAGCGCAAUUGUACGUGUUAUGUUGGCUACAAAGGCGACGGUUUUCAGUGCGCAGGGACUGUCAGUAGAGAACUUCUGCGCAAACCCGAGGCUGCAUGGUUACGAAGAAAUAUUGGUGUGUCAAAAGUCAGAGAUUUAUUUACUUCAGGGCCUUUCACUGUGUUUAUUCCUCAUGCCGAUUACGUCGAUAACGUCACGAUUGAAACAUGGGUAAAUAAAAGCUAUGCUCCAGAGCUGCUGAGGUACCACAUUGUUGGUUGUGAAGAACUGCGUGAAUCCGACCUGAAGUCCAUUAAAGAGGUGGUCACCAGUAGCGGACAUAAAUUACGCUUCAGUGUCAGAGAUGGUGUUGUGUACAUCAACGACAAUACGAAGCUCAUCACAAGUGAUUACGAGUGUUCCAAUGGAGUGAUACAUUUUAUAGACAACAUUCUUUUCCCGUACCAACUGACAGACCAGAUGGCAGAGAUAAACACCGAUUUGAAUGUUACCGCAGCUGCUGAACAAUAUGGCUUCAAAAUUUUUAGCAAGCUUCUACAGGAUGCAGACAUGAUGCAUGUGGUGCUACAUCGGUCCUUCUACCCUUUCACCAUGUUCUGGCCGACGGACGAUGUUUUCAACAAUCUCCCCGAGGAGAGGAAAACAUGGCUGUACAGUGAAGACCAUCGUGACAAACUACAAGCCUACCUCAAAGCUCACAUAGUUCGCGACCAGAGGACUGUUGCUGUCGCUCUUCCUUCGGAGAAAAAAGUCGAAACAUUGUUUGGAACUGAGCUCACCUUCAGCUGCAACAAAAAUUUAAUUGGCGACAUAUUAAUUGGUGGAAAUAAUGCCAGAAUCGUAUCGCGAAACAUGCUGUUUGAUUCAGGAAUCGCUCAUGGUAUCGACCAGCUUCUGGAGCCUCCGAGCAUUGGUGCUCGCUGUGAUGACUUCGCAAGCAUAGAGAUAAAGGGACUUUGUGGUUCUUGCACUCAGCCGCCCCGAUGUCCCCUUGGAGUAGAAGACACAAACAGAACUAGCAUUUGUAGACGACCCUUCACACCUUACAUGCACAGACGGCCAUUUUCUAUGUCGCGAAGUUAUUAUGGUAUUUACUCGUAUGGUUAUGGAUACAACUCCUACAGAGAUUGGCUUGGCUGUGAUCGAAUCUGUACAAAAAUGACAUGGGCUUUCAAGUGCUGUAAAAACCACUAUGGAAGAGACUGUCAAGUGUGUCCUGGCGGUCUGGAGGCGCCGUGUGGUGAGCAUGGCGACUGUGAUGAUGGCCGUCUCGGCACAGGGGUGUGUAAAUGUCAUGCUGGUUUUGCAGGCACCGCUUGUGAGCUGUGUGAAAAGAAUCACUUUGGGCCAAACUGCACAGCAUGUAACUGCACCAAGAAUGGCAAAUGCGAUGACGGUGUAGAUGGUGUCGGCAGCUGUUUCUGUCAAGAGGGAUGGACGGGUGCAAGUUGCGAAUCAAAAAUCGAAGUCAAGCCGGUCUGCUUUCCAGUGUGUGAUCUCAACGCGGUAUGCCUCCCUGAAAAUCAGUGCGAGUGCGUACCGCCCUAUGAAGGAAAUGGCAUCAACUGCACUGCUCCGGAUCUUUGUAGUGAGUAUAACGGUGGAUGCCAUGAAGAAGCCGACUGUCUGCAGACUGGCAUCAAUAUUACUUGUACCUGUCGGAGCGGCUAUUCUGGAGACGGACAUGCUUGUUCCCCCAUCAACCGCUGUGUAGAGGAGGCGAAUGGUGGCUGCAGCGAUUUUGCAGAAUGCAUUUUCACUGGACCAAAUGAAAGGCGCUGUGAAUGUCUUGUGGGUUAUGUCGGAAAUGGAAUUCAGUGUUUGGAGAAAGUGGUGCCUCCUGUUGACCGCUGCCUGGAGGACAACGGUGGUUGCGAUCCUAAAGCCACCUGCAAAGACCUUCAUUUCCACACGAAAACAGCAGGUGUUUUCCACUUCCGAUCAACCGAGGGAAAGUAUAAACUGAACUUCAGCCGAGCACAGGAAGCUUGUGAGGCUCAGGGGGCCACUCUCGCGACCUUCUCCCAAAUCUCUGAUGCUCAGCAGUUGGGAAUGCACCUGUGUGUGGCAGGGUGGUUAGAUGGGAAGAAAGUGGGCUAUCCGAUCAGGUUCCCUUCUGCUAAAUGUGGGGACAACCAUGUUGGUAUUGUGCUGUACAAAGAGCCAGUCAACACCAGUUGGCCAUUUGAUGCUUAUUGCUACAGAAUGAGAGAGGUGUCUUGUGAAUGUGGACCAGGGUACAUUGGGGACGGGGAUUUCUGUAAUGGUGACUUGGCCUCUGUUGUCGCCACCACUCCUAAUUUUUCAGUUUUUUAUAGUACUUUACUAAAAUAUGCAGAGGAUGGAGAGGAAGGCAAGAAUCUCUUGAACUUCCUGUCAGACCGCUCAUCAAAUAGUACAGUUUUUGUACCUCAUAAUAAUGGCUUCUCUGCAAACAAGAGCUUGUCAUGGAGGGAUUUGCAGUAUCACAUAUCUGCCAUCAAUAACGUUCACUUCUAUGAGGACUUGAAGCAUAAAACAGCGAUACCAACUCGCCUAGGCGCAAACCUCGUCGUAAUGAUCCCCUCAAAUUCCACCAGUCAGUCUGAGGACUCUCAACCCCAAAAACAGGUGAAUAAGAAGGUUAUAUUAGCCUGGAACAUUCCAGCCAUCAAUGGACUGAUCCAUGUCAUUGACGGUCCAUUGACAGCACCCCCUAUUGAUGUGGCCCCAGUUCUUCCAAUCUCCCAAUCCAGUGGUGUCGCAGUGACCACGGUUUUGAUUAUUAUCAUCAUUGUCUGUAUUGUUGUUGGGCUUGCGUACUAUUUCCUCAAGCAUAAGAAUGAUGCAUUCCGUUUCCAGUAUUUUAAGAACGAUGAUGAAGAUGGUGCUUCUACAAAGGCUGGUGGAAACCCUGCUUUAGUUUCCAUUCCAAACCCUUUAUACAGUGGCUACAGAGCAUUUGCAGAGCCAUUUGAGGAGCCGGCUUCUACUACAGACACACCCAACCUCAUGGACUAGCACAGAUAUUAGAGCUGACCUCCUUUCCCAUGUUUACCUGCAAUCAGCAACUACUACAAAGAACCAUGCCGAAGGAUGUGCGCUCAAGAACUUUGUAUCUGGUUAAACCAACAGAUAAGACUUAAAUGCUCUGUCAGUACUCUAUGUUGUGUUAAUACUUCUGUAUAUUGUUGGACCUAUGCAGUUAAUAGUAAUACUAAUACAUUUCAAUGUUUGAUUUUGACAUGUUUUGUUUACUUUUGAUAGAGUUUUGGUAUUGUGUUGGGGUUACACCUGAUGUUCAAUAUCAAACCUGGGCCCUGAUGCAAAACCAGUUGAGAACCACUAUCCUAGACAACAGUAGCCUUACCAUGCUGCUUUGAGUUCAAUAAAGAUAACAUCUGUUAAAAUGGG